CUGGUUCUGUCAGAUCCUUCAGCAGAUGGUUCAGGUCUGACGACGUCGCUGCAGAGAUUUAGAAAAGUUGGAAAGUGGAAACGCUGCGUUCAGAGAUGAGUCUUCAGAGGACGAGGUCACACAGCAGGUCUGGGCCGGUACUGGUCUGGGUUCUGCUCUGGGUCUCGCUCCACCCAGGUUCCCCUGUCGCCGUGACGGCCGUGAACCUGCGGCGUUUCAUCGGCUGCGCCGUCCGGGAGUUCACCUUCCUGGCCAAGAAGCCCGGCUGUGGAGGCCUGCACAUCACCACCGACGCCUGCUGGGGGCGCUGCGAGACCUGGGAGAAACCGGUCGUGGAGCCUCCCUACAUCGAGUCCCACCAGCGGGUUUGCACCUACAACGAGACCCGUCUGGUGACCGUGAGGCUGCCCAACUGCCAGCCGUCCGUGGACCCGGCCUACACCUACCCCGUGGCCCUGAGGUGCGACUGUGGAGUCUGCCAGACGAGCACCACUGAAUGCAUAACCUCCGUGUGACGUCCCGACGGCCAGAAACCGUCCCUCUUUACCUUUAGUCGCCAAGAAACCGUCUA